AUGACCGUCCCUGUUCAACCAUUUUGCAAUGAUGCGCUGGAUACAAAGCCAUAUCCCAAACCCCUAAAAACAUCCGGUGCACUUGACAGGUUCAAGUAUUCCGAAUGCAGCCCAGCACUGGGAAGAGAAUAUCACGGCUUACAGCUGUCCUCCAUCAUCGACGAUGAUGAGACUGUCAAAGACCUCGCAAUUACCAUCUCUGAACGCGGAGUUCUAUUUUUCGACGAGCAGGAUAUCUCUACGGCAGACACGAAACGCCUCCUGUUGAAGUUCAAUAAAUUGACCGGAGCACCAAAGGAAUCUGGUGUUUACAAAAAUCCAGGUCCAACUCCAGAUUAUCCUGAUUUGGCGGAGUCUCAGGAUCCUGAAGUUCUACUCUUCUCAUCGAAGGUGAGUAUCAUACAAAAGACUUUUAUGACGAACUCUGGCAAGCCUGCCGACCGGGCACUGGCAAGCUCUUUCUGGCAUACUGAUGAAACAUUCGAAAAACAUCCCCCGACCUACACAAGCCUGAAGCUCAUCAAGAACCCCUCAGCCGGAGGCGAUACGCUUUUUAUAUCUUCUUACGGGCUUUAUGAACGUCUUUCUGAGCCAUGGCGAAAGUUUGCAGAAUCUCUCACAGCAACCCACUGCGCCAAGGAACUCAAAGAAAUGCAUCAAGCAGGACUGCUUAAAUUUCAACCCGACACUGUCCGAGGCCACCCGGAGAAUACUGGAUUCGAUUUCUCGGCAUCACACCCUGUUGUCCGAACAAACCCUGUCACGGGCUGGAAAGGACUUUAUGGCAUGGCCUACGGGAUUCGUAACGGUGGGUUCGAUAACCUCGCGAAGCAUGAGAGCGACGUAAUAAAGCAGUACUUUCAUUACAUGAUCUGCAAUAGCUCUGACCUUCAAAUCCGCCGACGGUGGAAAGGUCUUAAUGGUAUUGCACUGUGGGAUAACCGUGCAGUGUUUCACGCACCUACAUAG